AUGCCUUCUCUUCUGAGUCUCGGUGCGACUGUCGCGCUUUCUGCGACUGGUCUUUUCGCACAUCCACUCUCCAAUGCGCAGCUCGUUUCGAGAGCAGAGGACCUUCUUCCAGAAUACGACUAUGUCAUCGUAGGCGCCGGCGCAUCGGGUCUUACCGUUGCCAAUCGACUUUCCGAGGAUAAGGAUGUGACCGUACUCGUUAUCGAGGCCGGCGAUCUCGACCAGAACGAGGACUACGUCACCAUCCCAGGUCUUGCAGGCGGUGCUGUAGGAACGAAGUAUGACUGGAACACUUCGUAUGCUCCGGACCAAGCACUAGAUGGCCGCGUUGUCUCUAUUCCACAAGGCAAGGUCGUGGGCGGGUCGACAAAGCUGAAUCGCAUGGUGUUCGAUCGUGGCUCACGAUCUGAUUACGAUGGGUGGGAGACUCUGGGAAACGAAGGUUGGAACUUCGAGACCUUCCUGAAGUACUUCAAAAAGAACGAGAAAUUCACACCACCAACUGCUGAGAUCCAAGCCGAAUACGACAUUCAGGUCAACCCUGAAUACCAUGGCGACGAAGGAUACAUGGAAGUAACCUACUCUCCUUUCUUCUGGCCAACGACUAAAAACCUCGUACAAGCUACCAAGGAGCUGGGAAUCUCCAUCAAUGACCAGGCGACUGGGAAUGCCUUCGGCGGUUACUUCUGCCCACACAACAUGGUCCCGAUGAACUGGACACGCUCCUCCGCAGAAGAAGCUUACUAUGCAUCUGCCGAACCGCGCCCAAAUUAUCAUCUUCUCACUGGCCGUCUUGUGACGCGUGUCCUUACAGAAAGCUGCAAUGAGACGAACACGGUCAAGGCUACUGGUGUUGAGUUCUCGACUUCUGCAGAUGCCGAGAGUCAACAGACUAAGGCCAAGCGAGAAGUCAUCCUCGCUGCUGGCUCGUUGCAUACACCCCAAUUGUUGCAGGUUUCUGGAAUUGGCGGAGCCUCUCUGCUCGAAUCCAUCAAUGUGACCACCGUCGUUGAUCUUCCGGCUGUCGGAUACAACCUGCAUGACCAUCUUUCCGUCGCCGUGGUGAACGUCCCUCGCGAGCAGUACGACAAUGAGAAGUCUGGCCCACUAACCUCCCCGACCGGUGACUUCCUCCUCUUCCUGCCACUCCAAACCUAUUCCAACGCCACGCAAUCUAUCUUGGCUCAAGCAGUCGCAGGUGGAUCAUCUGCCUCUCUCCCGGCUGAUACCCCCGCUGAAGUCGCACGAGGCUAUGAGGCACAGUUUGCUUCUCUUAACAAGAAGCUCCAAUCCAAUGAUUCCGCAAUGAUGGAGAUCAUCUGGGCCGACGGCGUCGUGGUGCUCGGACUUCAGCAUCCGUACUCGCGUGGAAGCGUACAGGCGAACUCAUCCAGCAUGUUCGAUCGUCCAGUCGCAGAUGUAGGGUUCCUCCGCAACGAAGUCGACACUGCACUCCUGCGGGAAGGUGUACACUGGGCUCGCAAAUUCGUUGCCACGCCAUCUAUUGCAUCGCUCAAUCCGUUCGAGGCCGUUCCAGGCAACAAUGUCACCGCCUCUGCGGACAUCGAUGCUUUCAUUCGCAGCACCGCAUCGACGCUGUACCACCCCGCGGGCAGCUGCAAGAUGGGUGCUAGAGAGGAUGGUGGUGUUGUAGAUCAAGAGCUGAAGGUCUACGGCGUGAACGGCCUGCGGGUCGUGGAUGCCAGUGUCAUGCCCAUUCUUCCGGCUUCUCACAUCAUGACCACUGUGUAUGCGACGGCGGAGAAGGCAGCAGAUAUCAUCAAGGAAGCUGCGAAGGGAAAGAACUGA